GAGCGCCAACCUCUGCAGCUCUUUCGGGAGAAAUGACUGCAGAAAUUACGUUCCAAGAUUUACCAGAGGCUGUCAUUCUAAACAUUUUCGCUUUUGUAGCUGGAGAGCGUAUAUAUAAUUUGUUUUGACUUCGAGUUGUGUGCAAGAAAUGGUCUCGUUUGUCAACAGAUUCAAGUUUAUGGAGGAAGUUGUAUUUUCCAAACUGCGAAGGACUCUGUUAUAAGGCCUUGGAUCACGUCUUGUCCUGGUGUGGCAACAUUAAAGAAGUUAUUCUUUCGAACUGUAACCAAGUGGAUGAUGCAUGUGUGGAAAGUAUUGCCAAAAAGUGUGGCAAUUUAGAAAUUCUUGAUCUAAAAGGCUGUCGAUUACUGUCUGACCACGGGUUGAAAGUGAUUUCAACGAAUUGCAGACUCCUUCGAGACUUAAAAAUCGUGGCAUAUAAAACAAGUAUAACGUGUAACAUUCUAAAGGAUUUGAUCACAUCUUGUAAAUCACUCCAGGAGUUGACAGUCAUUUGUGAGAAGGAAGAGGAUUCAGACGAAUCUAAUUUUUUCUUAACGAAUCAGUUCUUCAAGGCAGCGAAAGAGAGUGACAGUUUGAAAAGAAUCUACUUCCACGGCGCAGGAAUUUUUGACGAGGAACAUCUGACUUCUGAUUUAAAUAUGUUCAAUUUGCUCAGCAUAGGCCUGCUAGGUUGUAUUGAACUUAACAGCAAUGUACUAUGGGAAUUGGUUUGUACUUCUCCUAAGUUACAAUCUCUCGAUGUUUCCUUCUGUCCUAGUAUCAAUGAUGCAGGUAUUGAAGUUGUUGCACAGGUUUGCCCAAACCUAUUGCAGCUUAUAGCAGAAGGAUGUCCUGGUGUAACAGAUGUGUCAAUUGAAACUGUUGCAGAACAUUGUAAAAAGCUUCAGUGGUUGAAUGUGUGUGGCUGUGAACUGCCAAGGCCUGCAGGAAACAUUACUGAUGUAGCAGUACAAAGAAUUGCUGAAAACUGCCCUGAUUUACACCAGUUAAAUGUCAAAUGGUGUCAGGGGGUUACAGACAUUGGAAUUGCUGCCAUUACAACAAAUUGCAAGAAGUUGUGUGGUCUCAACAUUUAUGGUUGUUUAGGAAUUUCUGAUGUUUCACUAAAACUUUUAGCAACCUUCUGUAAAGGUUUAACAAGCUUAGAGAUAUCUGAAUGUUUGCGUGCAACAGACGGCAGUAUAAAUGAUAUUCUGCAGAACUGCAACCAACUUGAAUGGCUUGAUAUGCAGAGAUAAAAGAACCUUCAUUUCUGGCAAACUUAUCACUGGUCAAAUUGUCUCAAAAUAUAGAAUGGGAUGAAGGAAAUACAAGCAGUAUUGAAACUUAAAACUACACUUAUUGUUUUCUACAUAAGCCCAGAAGCAAAUCCUGUAUUCUGAUUGGUCCUUAACAUCCUAUACAUUGUGUGCUGAUUUUUCUGUCUUUACCCGUGGUGACAGCAAUGCUUUCAUUUUAUGUUUUCUUAGGUGCCCACCGAACUUAAAAAUAGUAUUUUAGUUACAAAUUGAGGAAAGUCACGUAGGACUUGUGCGUGUGUA